UACCAUGCCGGCAAGAGCACCGAGUCUCGCGCGCGGGUGCAGCGCGACUGGAGCUCGGGGGGUAUCAAUGUCGUCGUCGCAACAAUUGCCUUUGGCAUGGGCAUUGACCGGGCCGAUGUCAGGUGGGUGGUCCACUGGAACGCGCCGUCCUCCAUGGAGGGGUUUUACCAGGAGAGCGGCCGAGCGGGACGUGAUGGGCAGCCCAGCCUUUCCAUAAUGUACGCC